AUGUUAUCAACGUCGGAAGAAGAUUAUCUCUCAUUGAGCGAUAUUAUCAUGCCGCAUGUUUAUAUUCGUUCGUUGCUCAUUUACAAUUAUCAUAUUGUCGAUUUAGAACAAUCGCUCAACGAAUAUCUUCAUCUAUAUUGUCCACAGGCAUUUAAACGUAUUGUCUAUGAUGACAACAACAUGAUGGGUGGACGAAUAAUUGAUUGUGAGGAUGAAGAAGAACGACAAAUGUUCUCGCGCGAAUCGAGACCAAAUGAGAGUAUAUCCAAGUAUCUCGAUGAUGAUUCUCUUGUCGAAGAUGUAUUUCCAUAUGGUAUGAUACCAACAGACUCGUCGCCUCUUAUCUUCAUACACCAGAUUAAUCUGCAGGAUGGAACUCUAUUGGCAAUCGGUUGUCAUCACUAUCUGUCCGAUGGUCACGGAUUCAGCACAUUGGGUCAACGGUUUUCAUUGUGGCUCAAAGAGAAAACAUCGUCAUUAUUCGAUCAUGAUCGAUCUAAACUGAAACGUCUCGCUGCUUCGUCCUCGAUUGAAUUUGAUCAUCCCGAAAUGAGUAUCAUCGAGCCUGUCUAUCCUUUAUCAAAUCUAUUUCCAAUGGAGACAAUCGUCAAACGUUAUACGAAAAAAUAUUUAUUCGACAAACUCAACAUAACGAAUAAGAAUGGGAUUGUUUCAAUGAAUGAUGUUAUUGUUGCAUGGUUAACUCAAAUGAUAAGUCAAAUUCGUCGUGUACCUAGCCAGUCAACCGUCAAAGUCGGUAUGGCCAUGAGCGGACGAACUCUGUUGCCUGGCAUUGACGCUAACUAUUUUGGCAAUUGCAGUUUCUAUCUGUGUCUCUCAUUUUCGAUGUCCGAUCUAGAUGAUCUCACCGUUGACGAGUUAGCUCAACGGAUCAACAUUGAAAAGCGAAAGCCGAUGAGACGUGAAUACAUUCAAUCAGCAUUGGCUUACAUCGACAAACAUUAUCGUACGUCGACUAUCCAUUUAGGUUGGCAAGCGAUUGGAGGUUACGAUCUGUCAUUUAGCAAUUGGACGAGAUUCCCUCUUUACAAAUGUGAUUUUGGUCAAGGCGAGGCGAAACAUUUUAAAUUGUCUCCAAUUAAAUCCGAUGGUCUUAUUUACAUUUUACCAACACCGAACAAUGACCAAAUUGAACUCUACAUUGCAUUACAACACGAACAUGCACAAUUACUUUUAAGUAAACUCAUUUAA